AUGGAUCCCUCACUGAUCAGACCACCAAUCCCACCGGAGCCCCCGGAUAAGCACAGCCAAAUGGAGGUAGAAUUACCUCAUCACUCCUAUAAGGAAAUGCUCUUGGACAAACCAGCGAGCAACCAAACUGAUUACUAUGAGAUCGACCAUCAACCAAAUCCAGAUCUUGACAAAGGGAAGCACAUUGAGGGUUCAAUUCCCCUUUCACAAGAUGAUAAAAAAUGCCUUUACCUUCCAUGGCGUUACUCGGUAAUCAUCAAAAUUUACAAGCGAAAGAUGCCUCACCAUCUCCUUCGAUCUAAACUAAAUGAGCUAUGGAAGCCACCCGAACAGUUAAUCUUGAUUGACCUAGGGUGGAACCUAAAUUUGUUCCUCAAGAAGCCACCCUUACUUUCUAUUGCCAUAUGGAUCCGGCUCCCUCAAUUACCAAGAGAAUUCUAUGAUCAGGACAUCCUAGAGAAAGUUGGUAGGAAACUGGGCAAACUUCUCAAGAUAGACCAAUGUACAUCCUCUACUCUAAGAGGAAGAUAUGCCCGUAUUUGUAUUCAAGUACCACUGAAAACCCCAGUAGAAACAUCGGUAAUAAUAGGGGACCAUAAACAGGUUGUGAUCUACGAAAGAGAGGGGACUCUGUGCACCAUGUGUGGCAGAAUCGGGCACACUGCACAAAUUUGCAAUUACAGGGCACCCACACCCACAACAACCCAUGAACCACAGGAAGCUCAUCAAAGGAAAGCAGUCAUAUCGGAGGAAAGCGAGUGA